AUGACUGAUGGACCUUUUAUAACAGCAUGCAACCAAGGAUAUGAUGAUAUAGUUCAAUAUUUUAUUUCAAAAGGAGCUGAUAUCACACUUUGUGGUUUGUUCAAUUCACCUCUGACAGCUGCUUGUAUGGGGGGACAUGCAAAUAUAGUAAAGGUUCUGAUAGACAAAGACAGUGAUAAAAACCAAACUAGUCGUUUAGGAUUUACACCUCUGACAGUUGCGUGUAUUAGAGGAGAUGAAAAGAUAAUACAAUUACUUAUAGACAAAGAAUGUGAUGUAAGCCAGGCUGAUGGUAUGGGACGGACACCUCUGACAGCUGCUUUUUGGAGAGGAAAAGUCAAUAUAUUACAAUUACUUAUAGACAAAGGAUGUGAUGUUAACCAGGCUGAUGCUGCGUGUAGGGGAGGCAAUGAGAAGUUAGUACAGUUACUUAUAGACAAAGGAGGGAAUGUUAACCCGCGGUCGGUUGAUGAUAUAGGAGUUACGCCUUUGACAGCUGCUUGUAUUGGGAAUAGUGAGAAAAUAGUACAAUUACUGAUUGACAAUGGAGUUGAUGUUAACCAGGCUGAUGGUAACAACGAUACACCUCUUAUAAUUACCUGCAGUUUGGGAAGAAAUGAGAAAAUAGUACAGUUACUUAUCAACCAAGGAGUUAAUGUAAACCAGACUGAUAGUAUACGACAUACUGCGCUUACUGCAGCUUGUAAAGGAGGAAAUGAGAAGAUAGUACAUUUACUUCUAGACAAAGGAGUUAACGUUAAUGAUAAUAAUAUGACGGGACAGGCACCUUUGAUCGCUGCUUGUAGCAGAGGACAUAAUAACAUUGUACAGUUACUUAUAGACCAAGGAGUUGAUGUUAACAACCCUUUCGAUAAGACAAAAUCACCUCUUACAGCUGCUUGCAUCGGAGGAUAUGAGAAGACAGUAGAGUUACUACUACAUCAAGGAUAUGAUCCUCACCGGACUAUUUUUACGCCAGUCACGCAUUUGACAGCUGCUUGUUGGAGUCAAAAUGAAAAGAUAUUCCAGUUAUUGGUAGAUAAGGGACUUGAUAUUAACGAGGCUGAUGGCUUUGGUGUAACACCUCUGAUGACAGCAUGUGAAUGCGGAAAUUAUGAAAUAUUUCAAAUUUUGAUAGCCAAGGGAGUUGCUAUAGAUCAGACCACCGAAGAGGGAUUGACACCUAUUACAGCUGCCUGUAUGGCAGGAAGUGAGAAGAUAGUAAAGUUACUGAUAGAUAAUGAUGUUGAUAUUGGCGAUGCUGAUUUUAUGGGACCAACACCCCUGAUAGCUGCUUGCUCCGGAGGACACGAACAUAUAGUAAAGUUACUGAUAGACAACAGAUGUGAUGUUAACCAGACUGAUUAUGUUGGGCUUAACACACCUUUGAUAGUUGCUUGUAGGAGAGAAAACAAGAAUAUAGUGAAAUUACUGAUAGACAAAAGAUCUGAUGUUAACCAGGAUUGUGAUUCUUGGGAGACACCACUUUCGGUUGCAUAUUCUAAAGGAAAUAUGGUGAUAGCACAGUUAUUGAUAAAUAGAGGAGCCAAUGUUAUCAGUUCAUAA